AAAAAAACUAUAAAGUUCAUCUUUAUAGUUAAUAAAGGCUUUUAUUUCCCUGUGUCGUUGUGCAGGUGUUAUUCCUAUAUAGGCAGACAAGGAGGGCAGCAGCCACUGUCCUUGAAAAGAAAUGGUUGUGUCUACCAUCAGAUUGUCCAACACGAGUUCAUACACGCUCUGGGGUUCAACCACGAAUGGUCCCACCUUGAGCCUCACCUGGGCCCUUGUGGGAUGGAGUACAAUUUCAAUAGAGUGAAUACCAAUAACCUUGGCACGCCUUACGAUUAUGGUUCCGUGAUGCACUAUGGUCGACGACGUGAUACCUUCCGUUCAUAA